UCUCUGCCCAGGCCCCUGGGGGAGAGAGGCACGUGAGUGGCUAAUGCUCUCUAGAGCUGGAAUGUGCGAGCUGAGCAAGGGAUUUUUCUGGCUUGGCCGUGGCGCAGCCCCGUGUGAUCUCUCUGGCUCAGCUGCUCUCUGCAUCUGGGACAGCCGGCUGGCGUGAUGGCUUCGGCCGAGCAAUCCCCUGUGCCCCUCCAACACCACAACCUCUGCAACCGCAUCAUCCUCCUGGCCAGGAAGAUCCGCUCCGACGUGGCCAGCCUCCUGGAGUCCUAUGUGGAGAGGCAGGGGCUGGACAGGACCAUCGGCCUGGACUCGGUGGAUGGCGUGCCAGUUGCGGCCGUGGAGCAAGGGAGCGAGCUGACGGUGGCCGAGCAGUUGGGCGCCAACCUGCAGGCGUACCGGGCAUUCCAGGCGCUGCUGGGCGAGGUCCUGGAAGAGCAGAGGUCUCACCUGACCCCGCUGGACACGGACUUCCACGCCUCCAUCCAGGCCGUCCUGCUGCAGGUGGCGGCCCUGGCCUACCAGCUGGAGGAGCUGCUGGCAUUGCUGGGCCACAGCAGGCCCGCCUGGGAGGCAGCCGGCCCCGAGGCCCCGGGCCGUCACAGCUUGUUCGAGAUGAAGCUGCGGGGGCUGAAGGUGCUGCAGGAGCUGGCUCACUGGACUGUGCGGUCCGUGCGAGACCUGCGCCGGGUUGCCACGCACAGCCAGGGCUCUGGCACUGCCCAGGGGGGCCAGGCCCAGAAGGAAUGAGGCCGCCUGCCACUGGGGCAGAUGGGGCCUCCCCAUCCCCCCUCCCUUCAGCAAGCCAGGAGCUGGGGUGGGGGAGGGUGCUCUCCCACCCAAGGGUCGGGUCUAGGCUCUGGCUCUGGGGUGGCUCAGCGGAGGGCAGGGGGGUUGAGGGAAGGUGGGGGAAGGGUACCUGUGUGGCGAGAGGGGGACAGGAGGCGGCUCCCGACUCCCACUUCUCGGCUUAGAAGCUGAUGGCCCCACUUGUUUGCUGUGGGGAGGGAGCUGUGAAGCGGCUGGAGCCCAGAACAGCUCCUGAGGGGUGGGGGCAGGGGCUGCCCUGGUGGGAAAAGGAGGCAGGGCUGCUGCAGGGAUCCCCCACAUGUCCCAGCCCGGGUCCCCCUCUUCCCUCUCCCACUGAGCUGCUGCCCUCUGCCCCAUGGCUGAUCCCUAGCACUGGGGAGGUGGGCAUGAGCAGACAGAAGUGAGUGGAAUGAAAUCUCUGCGGGGUGGGGGAGAGGGGACAGACUUCCAAGGCAGUCAGAGGGAGAUGGGGAUGGAGGGUUGUCUGAGACAGAGGGAGGAGGCUAGAUGACUGGGGAGGAACCUGGAGCUGCUGCGGGGAGUCGUCCUACCCACCUCCCACAUGGUUUGAGGCCAGUUGAGGCCAUCGCCGAGUUCCCACCUAGCACCACGUGUCUCCUGCCCUGAGAUUACUGUAGCUCUAUUUGAUGGUCUUGCUACUGGGGGCUGAGCUCUUAAGGGAAGAAGGCCAGACAAGCGCCUUCAUCUCACUGCCCCCCCACCCUGACCAUGGAAGUUGGGGUCUCCUCUCCCGCCCCUCCUCCUAGCCUUGGCUGCAUUUAACCAGUGUGUUGGCGCUUGGAGAGCUAACCAGGAAGUAACGGCUCCUGCUUAAGACCGGUGGCGCUCCUGAGCUGGGGGCCAUGUGCUGCUGCACCAGAUACUCCAUGAAACCCACUAGGGCCUGCGCUGUUGCUGUUGGUUUGACAUGAUGCCCAGAUGCUAUGGUGAUGGGCAGCAGGAUAAAACCCAUGAAAGUCAAGUAAGCAGCAAACCCUAUCUGCCUGAUGCAGGGCAGGUGGUCGAAGAUGCUGCAGGAGCUGGCUUGCUGAAGCGUGAGACCUGUCUGGCUAGGACCUUAAGCCCUUUCCAGACCCUGAUCCCCAUUUUCCAAGUGGGGAAACUGAGGCAUAGAAUUGGGCAAGGUCACACAAGAAGCUUGCAUCAGCCACAGGAGGGGAGCUGAGAUCUGCCCACCUGUCCUGCCCCUUAACCAUGUGACCCACAAGACUGGACUGAUUGAUCUAGCUGCUUUGGGGCCACACACACCCUCCUUCAUCUGCUCUGGAGACAGGGCAAGAGCAGCCUCCCAAUGUACAGAGAAGGCUUGAAAAAGUGUGUUCUGUUUUGUUUGCCCCGCUUUUCCUGACUGCCGCCUUGAACGGAUGGAGAACAGGGGUAGGAUCUGGCAUGAGAGAUCCAGAUUAAGCACAAAAAGAAGUGACUUUUAUUCAGACGGGGGGGGGGGGGUCUUUUUAAGCAUGCAUUUAACUCAAGCGCUUUGCAAACAGGUAGGAGAGAAGAGCUCUGUUAAAAAUAAAUUCAACUGAGGGCUGGAAAUCCAAACCUGUGCCUUCCUUCCAGCUAUCCUGCCCAACCAGGCACACAACUUUGAUCCUGAUAUUUGGAAGGUAAAACACAAGCAGAAAUAUAAACUUUGCAUCAUUUCUUUAUAUGGAAAAACAGCCCUUUAAAUCUGUGUCUCUAACAUAGAGUUUUCUCUAGUUUUCAUCCCUUACAAAGUGCUACCUAUGUGUUUUUCUACAAAGAGGUAAAACAGACCAUACCACCCUGCCACACAUUCACUCACCCAGUGUCCUCCUCUCAUCUUUAACCGCUAUCCUUCUACCAUGGCUGGGUUUGCACUAUGUGGUUGAACUGUUCUAUGAAAUAUUUUGACACGUGAGAUGGUCUGCAUCUGACUGGGUUUUGGCUUUUUGCUUUUGAAAAAUUGGAAGGAAUAAUUUAAUCUGUAACUGUGACUGGAGAUAUUUUAAUACUGACCCAUGAAACUCGGCGCACUGUAAUUUUACAAUCUCACUCAUGAUCUCUGCUUCUCCUAGAGGGGAUCUUGGAGUGAUUUGUUUUGGCCUGUAGAAGGUUUUCUUAUUUUUUCCUGAAUGUAACAAACAGAUUCAGAAAGAAAUUGAACCUAAAUGGCAUAUCAUGAUUUUGCUUUUUCACUCCACUCCCAAAAACGUUGCUUUACCAAUUUUUGUUAGAGACAGAGUACUCUUUUGUUUGUCUGGGGGUUUGUUUAGUUUUUUUGGACACACACAAUAUUUUGGACUUAGCAGCAGUUGAAAUGUUUA